UACUUGAAGUCAAUAGGUUGAGUUUGGCAGAUAACUGCAACACACUCAUUCAUUAUUAUUAUUAAUAUUAUUACAUAAAGGUUUCAACUUGAACUUCUCUCACACCCACAUAUUGUUUAAUAAUUGAUACAGCUUGGGUAAAAAAAUAACAUUUUAGGUCUCCCAUAUGCUGAGAACUUUUAAAAUACGCAUUAGUUAAAUAGAGACGAUAAGAUAAUAGGCCGUGCAUUGAACAUUAAAUGCUGUUGAGCAUCGCUGAAGAAAAAAUGUUCCAUAAUUUAACACGUUAAAUAACAGUGUAGAAACAGUGACGUCAUAGGCAAACACACAGGCUACGUUAGCAUUUAACUCGCAGCGAGCCUAAUGUUUAAACCAACCAGCGAAAACAUUAAAAGCAACUAACGAGCAUCUUUUACCUGUAAUUGUACGACGGGAAGUUUCUGCUUUCUCUCAACAUCAUCCGAUAGAGAGAGAGCACCUGCGUACUGGAGAGCGCCGCCAUCAUGUUGCUAACAACGCUGCUGUUUACGUCUCAGCUUUAGGACCUAGUUGAGCAGUGUGCCCAAAGAGCGCCUGUUCGCAUUUAACAAUUUUGUGGCCGUUUUCUGCAUUCCAUAUACCUUUCAUAUGACCUAAAUUCACAUUUCAGUCUUACUGUAUACUGUGCUACAUAGUCACAAUCGUACCAAGUUAUACUAAAUUGUACAUUGAACGAUAAUUCGGACAGGCACAUUAAUGGCCACUAAAAGACAGUCAAUGCCAAACAGUUGCUGAAGGUCAAGGUUCUGCUCACUGAACAAGGAUCCUUCCAUCCUUCCUUAAUCCUGUGAUCCUUACUGAUUGCUCCAGAACGAAUCAAGUGUUAAACAUCUCUCCUACAGCUUGUCCUUGCCUCCUCCACCAUUGGUCCCUUCGUGGCGCUUUCAGCCCCAUGAAUGUCGCAUCAUGAUCCUUCGCCAGCUGCUCCGCCCUUCUUCCCGGCAGCCCUGCCCCUUCCUGCUACCUCUUCAGGGCAUCACAGCAUCUCGCCGGUGUGCCUGCACAGAAAGCCCCGCCCUCAGGCCUGAGAUCGGUCAGGCAACUGUGGACGUGUUAGGCCACUCCUACCCCUGCGAUGACUUCACCAACAUCACGCCAAAGAUCCUGGCCAAAGUGGGACGCAAUCUCCACAACCAAUCCCAUCAUCCUCUCUGGCUCAUCAAGGAGAGGAUCAAGGCUCACUUCUACAGUGCCUACAUCGGUCGCUGGGGCAACCCGCUCUUCUCCGUACAUGACAACCUGAGCCCCGUGGUUACCGUGGAGCAGAACUUUGACAGCUUGCUGAUCCCGCCUGACCACCCCAGCAGGAAGCGUGGAGAUAACUACUACCUGAACAGGGCCACCAUGCUUCGCGCUCACACCUCCGCCCACCAGCGGGAGUUGGUAAGAUCCGGCCUGGAUGCCUUCCUAUUGGCUGGAGACGUUUACCGACGGGACGAGAUUGAUGCCAGUCACUACCCUGUCUUCCACCAGAUGGAGGGGGUGCGACUCUUCUCCAACCAUGAGCUCUUCUCCAAAGUCCAAAACGGUGAAGACCUCCAGAUGUUUGAGGCCUCUGGUCGCAGGACGCCCCAGAAACAGGAAACGCACAGCCUGGAGGCUGUUAAGCUGGUGGAGUUCGACCUGAAACAUACUCUGACGCGACUCAUCGCUCACCUGUUUGGAGAAGAUGUGGAGGUGCGGUGGGUGGACUGUUACUUCCCCUUCACUCAUCCUUCCUUUGAGAUGGAAGUGCGUUUCCAGGGCGACUGGAUGGAGGUGCUGGGCUGUGGAGUCAUGGAGCAGCAGCUACUCAACUCUGCCGGUGCCGACAACAAGCUGGGCUGGGCGUUCGGACUAGGCCUGGAGAGGCUGGCCAUGGUUCUCUACAACAUCCCCGACAUCCGGAUCUUCUGGAGCCAAGAUGAGCGCUUCCUCACGCAAUUCCAAGUGGACGACAUACACAAGGCUGUCCACUUCCAGGCACUCAGCAAAUAUCCCCCCCUGCACAAUGACAUCUCCUUCUGGCUGCCCGCGGACGAGCGUGUCUUCGAUGCCAACGACUUCUAUGAGCUGGUGCGCUCCGUCGCUGGGGACCUGGUGGAGAAGGUCUCGCUGGUGGAUGACUUCACGCACCCCAAGAGUGGGAGGCGGAGUCUCUGCUUCCGCAUCGUCUACCGCCACACGGAGCGUACACUGAGUCAACAGGAAGUCGGUCUGGUCCACCAGAGGAUCGAGCGCAGCGCCGAGAGCGAGUUGGGCGUGGAGGGUCGAUACUGAGCUGGGCACUUUAAUAUUAGGUACGCCAUUAGGCGCCCUCAUGGUAGAUAUGGAAUCAGCUGGGUGUGAAUGCUUUAAGUCGGAUGUUGAUAUUAUACUGUUGUGAUGUGCUUUUUUAAAAUAAAAAAUAAAAUACUGAAAAAAUGUCCUGUAGCGUCUUGUGACUACCCGCUGGUUUGGUUG